AUGGAUGGCCGCGGAGCCGGCGGCCUGUCAGGCCUUAUUGAUGAGGUGCGCGCCGACAGCCGCCGCGUAACCCGAGGCGGCGGGCGGCGAGCGCGGGGCGGCAGGCGGGCGCAGACUCUGCGGCGCUCGGGGUCAGCCCCCGGCCGGCCGCCCCCGCCCCGCGGCGCGCCCCGGAUCGGCUCCGCGGAGGGGGCGGCGGGCGCUGAAGCACUUCCCCAGCCCGGCGCCCGGCGCGCGGCCCAGCUUCCUCCAGGCUGUGGCCCGGCUUCCCGCCCCCGCUCGCCCGCGCCACUUCCCCCGGACCGACGCCGCAGCCUCCUGGGCGGAGGCCCCGCGCCCGGACCUCGGCUCUUACCCGCAGCCGCGGUCCGUGCCAGGGCCCGAGCUCGGAGCCCGCCCUCUCCAGCCGCGUACCGAGGGAGAGGAGCGCUUUUCCCAGCGGAGGGGCCGCGUAGUAUCCCUUGCUACACAGCUCAGGACGGGAAUCGUCAGUUUCUCGUGCAUCACUCACUCCCGCGCGAGCGCAGCAAAAUCAGGACCCCGGCGCACAUUCCAUUUGAGUUCAUCGAAUUUUUACAUGAUAGAAACCAAGACAGGUAG